GAGGAGGAGGAGGAGGAGGAGGAGGAGCUCCACGAGCAUCCCAACCGCUCUCUCACGACGUCUGGGCCAAGCAGUCUCAAUCCUCGCCGCUACUCGGGGCUUCGUCAUCCUCGCUCUCGACCGCAGUCUCCGCAUGCUUCUCAACGAUGUCGGUCGUCUCCUUCUCGUCCGCGUCGAUAUCACCGCCCUCGGUGAGGUUCUUGUCACCCUUCUCAUCGACCUCGAUCGUCUCGUUCUCGUCUGCGUCAAUAUCACCCUUCUCUGUGGCGUUGCCGUCGUCCUCCUCGGCGCCGACGGCCGUGGCGUUCUCGGCGCCGACGUCGGCCGCCUCCUCGCCCUCGGUGGCGUUCUGCCCCGCGUCCAGGCCGCCCGCGGCCGCGUCGUCCUCGCCGCUCGCGGUCGCCUUUCCCAGCUGGCCGUCCUCCCAGACGAUCGUCUCGCGCUGCCACGCGCGCUUGUGUACGUUCCAGGCGAUGUGGUUCGUGUCCUUCGGGGCGUUCGCCCCGUUGGCGUGGGCCUGGAUGUUGAACUUGCUCCUCACGCAGGCCGUCCCGUUGUGGAAGGACCAGAAUUUUGUAUCCCUGGGGCACUAG